UCGCCCCUUUGGGAUGCAAAAAUAUUUUCUUCAAGAAAUUCCUUCAAAAGACAUGAAAUACAAGCAGAAAACUACAAAUGCAAUAAUGUUAUUUACUUUCGUAUAACUUAUACCAAGGUUAAAACAUGUUUUACGUUGUUUCAAACCUCUGAUCUUUGGCGUUUGAAUCGUUUUUAUUGAGUUUAAACCUCUGAAGCAUUUGUCAAGGAUUCUGCAAUCAAGCCACUUAAGGCAACUUAAUGGUGGCCUAUGUCUUGCAAGCGAAAGAGCAGGCCUACCCUGCUUGAGGUUAUAUUACGUUGGAUGUAGCACUAGCAGUGGAUUUACUGGCAGGUCAGUGUGGUUUCUAGUCGAAGACGGGACUGGUCAGGAUCGCAAAGAUGACAGAGUCCGAAGUAGAGGUCAUCAGUCAUGUCAACGGGUUGCAAGGGUUGAGUCAAAAUGAGAGUCAAACUGACAUCCAGCUUGUUGAAAUGCAGGCUGACCUCAUGUCGAAAGGAAAUCAGUUGUCACGAAAUUGGUCUGAAUUGUUUGGUCUCCUCUCAAAGUAUCAAGCAGAACUUGUCAUAAAACAGGACCAGCUCACAAAUCAGGAAAACGAAAUGAAAUUGAGAAACCGUGAAAAGUGUCCUCCUGCUCAAGAUGCUAUGGAAAUGGAACCAAACAAUACUUCAAGUCUUAGUGUAAUUCAGCGAGACUUGAAAAUGAAGACAGACCUCUUGGUUGCAUCUCAAGCUGAGGUGUUGAGCAUAGAAAGUGCUUUGUUAGCUUCAGAAAGCAAAGCCAUUGAACUGCAGCAACAGUUAACAUCUUCGGAAGAAAGUUUGAAUCAAAAGAAACAAGAAUUAGCAAUAAAGGAUGGACUAUUGAAGAAACUAGAAAAGCAGAUGAUAAAGGAGAUAGGUGAUCUACAGACUGAGGCAGCCCAGAUGAAGGAGGAGCUUAAUAUGGAGAAAGAAGCCCAUCGGGACACAUUUGAGCAGCUUCAAGAGGCUUUGAAAUCUGUUCAUGGCACAGCAAUAAAGCCAGUCUUAGGACAAUCAUGCAACACAUCUAAACCAAGUUGCCAAGAAAUGGGGGUUGACACAACUUUCAAUCUAGCAGUUCCAGUUGUGGGUGUCAAUGGAGGAUGCCAACUCAAUAUACCGACGUGUAACCUGAUAUUUAGCGAGAACUUCAAUCCAAAUGUUAAUACUGUUACAAAGCCAAAUGAACAAGAGACAAGUGCAGUAGGAAAUGGUUUAUCUGCUGAUGGUACACCAGGCUCUGUAGAGGAGCAGGACAUCACUCAAGAAUCAUGUGAAAUUGCUCAAUGGGAGGAAAAUGGUACUCAUAAGGCAAAGCAGUGGAGGCGAACAAGAAAACGCAAACAUCCACAGAAGGUUACGAAUGUUUAUGAUGCUACUACCCCAACUCAAGAAGGUGCUAAGGACAUUAUUCUCAUACCACUGCCAAAGAAGAGCACACAAGUUCAAAAAAACUGUACACCAACAGUUACUCUCACUGUGCCAAAAAUCAAACCAAAACCAGAACUGAAGCUGAAAAUAUCGAACAGUAUAUUUAAAAAGCCGAAUACAAAGCAGCAAGAUGAUGGAUCUGAUUGUAGCAUGUUUAAAGAGGUUUAUGAUAAUUUAGUACAAAGUUCCGAUGUUCUGAUGCCUCUCAGCUUAGAUAUGAAACCGGUUGUCGGUGGACGCAAAGUCAAAAGGCCUUUUCAGCUUUUUUCUUGUCUGGUCUGUUCAAAUGAGUUUGUGUCGCUGAAUGAGUUGAGUUCUCAUGCAGCUGAGCAUACGGGUGCGACUGUGGACUUUGACUUGUUUCAAUGUGAGAUGUGUGGUAAGCAUUUCACAGACAAGUCCAAUUAUCGUCGCCAUCGUCGGAUUCACAGCGGGGAAAAGCCAUAUAAGUGCCAAUUCUGUGAGGUGGCAUAUUCCCGCUCCGACAUCCUCAAGCAGCAUCUCGUCACCAGACAUAGCAAUUUGCAAGUUUCUGCAGAUAAUCCCAAGUAAAGUAUAUUCUGAAUAUCUUCCUGGUUAUUGGACCUACAUGGUACCGCUGUUACCUAUAAUGCUUAUUGGACCUACAUGGUACCGCUGUUACCUAAUGCUUAUUGGACCCACAUGGUACCGCUGUUACCUAAUGCUUAUUGGACCCACAUGGUACCGCUGUUACCUAAUGCUUAUUGGACCCACAUGGUACCGCUGUUACCUAAUGCUUAUUCUGUUCUAACAGAAGAGUACAAAAUCCUGUUGGCCUUCAGGAAAAUACUUGCAAGACAGUGACUUUGUGUGUUGUCGUUCAUUCAGAAUUCUAAAAGCACUUUUGGUAACAGUAUCUCUGAACAGCCAUUUAGAUUUCUAAAAAAAAUUGGGUGAACACACCCACAUCUCAAAAAUACCUCACAAUUGAAAGCAAACGAAGUAGUUCAGGAUUCCAUGAAAGGUUAAGUCGAAUAAGUUUUAGGAUAUCGUCGAAUAAGGGUUGAUCCGAUAGGUGGGAAGAUGUUCAAAAUUAGGAGCUGUACAUGUCGGACACCUUUGACUAUUUGUUCCAUAGUCACUAUCGCUCUUUUUUUCUUAGUCAAAGGUUAUGAUCAAGUGUGGAAUGCUGCAUAAUACUACUACCCCAUUGUAAAUCAGGAUCGAUUUGUUAAAAAGUCAUUCUGUUCUUUCCUCUGUACAUUAUAAUAUUGUUCUGAUCAAAAAUGUACGCAUGCCUAGGAUCGGUGGACACAUUUAAAACUUUUUUGUGUUCUCAUAAAGGGUAAAUAAUUUUUCAAUUUGCAGUCAGGUGCUCAUUUGCGUCGUCGUGCCAUUGGACACAAUUUUGUGUGUUAUCGUUUUCUCUGCAACACUGCACCUUUGACAACUGGAAUUGACUGGAUACAUUGGCUUCGUCGUACAGUUGGACUUGAAUUUGUGUGUUGUCCUAUUCUUGGCAGUACUGCAUCUGUUACUUAUCUAAUUUAGCAGUUCAAUAGCCUUUCCCCACCACUGGAUGAGGAUGAAUAUCAAGACCAUAUAGUAAGGCAUUUUAAGCCUACAUGUAGUAGUAGUCAGUCAAAAUAAUUGGUCGGUGCAAUCUACUUGUAACAUUAAAAGAAGGUUCUGCUUUGGAACAACUGCACUGACUAGGUGUGUCGUGAGGUUUUUAUUGGUUGAAUUGUAGGUAAAUAUUUUAGUGCAUUAGUUGAAUCAUGUAUCCGUACAAAGUUAGAUGUUUUUCUAUGAAGUGAAUUCCCAUCGAGUCUUAACAACUGUUGUGUAGAGUGAAAACAUUGGUGCUGUUUUCUGUUGUAAAGGGAUGUGCUGUGCAAUAUUAAUAUAAUAUUGUAGUUUUUUCUAAGUUUUUUUCUUCUGGAUAUUUUAAGAUUAAGUUUAGUAUUGUUUCAUUGUUAUUUAUGAUCAAAGUAUAGUUCGAUAAUCUUUAUAUUGUAGUUCUGUUUCUGGUGCUUUAAUAUUGUAAUCCAGUUGUGGUAAUUAUGAAGGUUUCAAUGAAAGUGCUGCGGUGUUCCAUGAUAUUGACCAUUUAAAGUGUGAAAUUGAAAGUCGAUAACUAUACGUACUCCUUGUCACAAGUGUUGAACAAUAUAACAUGCCCAUUUGCCUUUCAGAAUCAUGGCAUACAGUAAAAUGGCUGGCUAGAGGAUCACUAGCUGAAUGGACUCGGGUGUCACUGUUUUUGGUUGCCCAUUCAUACAUGACACCAUUUUGCAACCUUGCAAAAUGUCCUCACACAUGUAGCUUGGCUAUUUCGUGAAUUUGAUGGGACCAACGAGAGGCUCACAUGUACACAAGAGUCAUGGGAAAAUAUAUGACAAAAAUGGACGCUGUUUGCAUUGAAACGUUCAACCUGGCAAUUUCUUUGACAGCGAUAAUCAAACUUGUUCUCAGUUUCAUAUGUCUAUAUAUAUUUUAAUGGGUGCUGCAUGUUGUUAAAUGUAUCCUUACCCUUGCUCAAAAUAGACUGGGUAAGUUGAUCUGCUCGGAGCACCACAAAAUUGUGUGAAUUUUACCCUUGCAACUUCAAGAUGGAAACUUAAAGGGACUAUAUAGGCAGCAGCUAGGCAGGCAAGAUAAAGUUACACGAAGUCGCCAAUAGGGGCCUCUCACAUCUCACAGUAUGCCGAAAUGAUUCACGCUUGUACGAGGAAUAUAUUUAGUGCUGAAUUUGACAUGACCCAUGGCCCUUGCUGUGUAUAUUAGUCACCUGGAGAUAAGCCCUUCUGCUCCUGCCUAUAGUCCCCCGUCAAGUCAUUAAAACGAACCUAGAUGGUUUGCAUCUUCAUGAAUGAUCUGUUGUACAUAAUAGUACUGUGAGUUACAUAUUGUUACUGCAUGCUGGUUUAGAUCUAGUUGAGCUGACGUAGUAUUGAAAAUUGAGUUAGCGUGUCAGUCAUGUGCAUUUAGUCUCAGUGGUCUCCAAGUGCAAUUCUGUGCUAAUUUGUAUUCUUAGAAAUGUUUGGAAAGGUUUUUGAUUUCACCAAUCUGAAGAAUGA